GAUCCCCCAGUGGUUUGCGCUUGCAUCUGCACUUUCAGCAAGAUUCAGCUCACGUACGUACCGUGCAGACUUCGCAAAAUAUCUAAAUAUUAUUAGUAAAACAGCCUACGCUACAGAUGGCUACACAGGUCUUUAUUAAACUUGAAUCUUGAUAAAGUUGAGAGUGCUAAUAUAAUAUGAGAAAUGGGGGAGCAUAUCCAUGCUAAUUUAUUGAUGAGAUGUUUUUGGCUGCCAACACUCAUUUGCAUGUUGCACUGUACAUGUACCUCGUUGACUUCAGCAAUGCUGAAUGUGGAUAUGCUGUGUGUGCAUGUGAUCACGAGAGUGGCUGAGUGAUGCAAGUACAAAGUGGGGAGAUUCAGGCUUUAUGCAUCCUCCUGUCCAAGAAUGGCUGAGAAGGAGAGAUUGUAACCAAUUGCACAACAUCAGAAGUUUAGAUCUCCACAAGCUGCCUCUAAAAAUCAUUCCAUCCUUCAACAUGUGUGUCACUUGACAACAGAGGGAAGUUUAACGUGUAGAAUUGUUUUAUUGGUGAGGGAAAAUAAAAUUGUGUCACCAUGAUGGACUUUGAUGAGCUGGCAGCAGAUGAGAGUAGUGUUGAUGUGAUGAUCCACCGAGCAGACAGUUUCUAUGGCAACCAGGCUCUGCGAAACAUGGAUGAUCUGAGGCAGGUUGGAAAGCUGUGUGAUGUCAUCUUAGAUAUUGAAGGAACCCGAAUACCAGCACAUCGGAUUGUGCUAGCAUCCUUCUGCCAGUAUUUCUAUGCCAUGUUCACAGGGGAAAUGAAAGAAGCAGGACUAACAGAGAUUUCUAUGAAGGAGGUGAAUCCAAGAGCCAUGGAACAACUCAUAGAUUAUGCAUACUCAGGCGAAUUGAUGAUUCACAUAGAGACUGUUCAAGCUUUGUUGAACACAGCAUCCAUGUUACAGCUCCCUGAUGUACAAGCCUCUUGCUCAGAGUUCCUCAAGAAACAACUCCAUCCUGCAAACUGCCUUGGAAUAAGAAACUUUGCCGAUGCUCACACAUGUACUGAUCUCAAGCUGGCCUCGGGACACUACGCAGUGACACACUUCAGUGAAGUAGCCUAUGAAGAAGAGUUCCUACAGCUCAGUAAGGACCAACUCUCAGAGCUGCUUCGAUGUGAAGAUUUAAAUGUAACAAGUGAAGAAGAAGUCUAUAAUGCAAUAAUAAGAUGGGUGUAUCACAACAAAGCCUGUCGAGGUGACCACAUUGCUGAACUCCUGCAGGAGAUUAGGAUGCCUCUGUUGUCUCCAAGGUUCCUUGUUGAUAUCGUCGAGGCUGAAGAACUCAUCAAACAGGACAUGAAGUGCAGAGACCUGUUAGAUGAAGCUAAGAACUAUUACAUGCUUCCAGAGAGGCGUAAUGGUAUGAAACUCACCCAGAUCACCCCAAGGAAGUCCACUGUUGGAUCAAUCUAUUGUGUUGGAGGGAUGGACAGCACUGGGCACUCCUUGAGCCAUGUUGAGAGACUUAAUCUACUUAGUGGGAGGGUUAGCAUUGAAGCCAGUAUGAACACCCCUCGGAGUGGAGUUGGAGUAGCUGCCUUAGAUGGUAAACUGUAUGCAAUAGGUGGCUAUGAUGGAGGGAAUUACCUUAGCACUGUAGAGAUGUUUGAUCCAUCUACUAGGAUGUGGCAUAGGGUAGCAUCAAUGCACCAGGUCAGGAGAUAUCACUCAGUGGCUAUUCUUGAUAGACAGCUGUUUGCUGUAGGUGGCUAUGAUGGCUCCACUGUCCUUGAUACUGUAGAGGCGUAUGAUCCCCGUACAAACCGCUGGAGAAGGAUAGCAAGUCUUGAUGGUAAACGUCGUCAUGCGGGUGUGGCAUCUCUUCAUGAUUGUAUGUAUGCUACAGGAGGUAGCAAUGGUACUCUUUAUCUACAAGGUUGUGAAAAAUAUGAACUAAGAAUGAACAGGUGGUUACCUAUUGCCAGUAUGAGUUGUAAGAGAGGUGGAGUUGGUUUAGGAGCUGUAGGUGGUAGACUGUAUGCCUCUGGAGGCUAUGAUGGUCAAUCUAAUCUCAACACAGUGGAGAGAUACUAUCCAGAGGAAGAUAGAUGGACCUGUAUGGCUCCGAUGUCGGAAUGUCGGAGUGGUCAUGGCGUCAGCGUGCUAGGUUCCACCAUGUAUGCCGUAGGAGGUCAUGACGGAGUGCAUUAUCUGAACACAGUGGAGGCAUAUGAUACCCAUUCAGGUGAAUGGCAUCGGAACAAACCCAUGGGUACGAGUAGGGCAGUGGUUGGUAUCGCAAUACUUACUAACAUUCCUGUUACAAAUGUUUGAUCCUGCUCAUCUAUUUUUCUGACCUGUAUGACAGAAUUUUUGUCUACAGUGAACAACUACAAGAGGACAUACUCAAAAGGUAGUUUACAAUUACUAAGAUUAUGUGUGCAAUAUGUAGUACACAGAUUUUGUUGUUGGUUCAGAUGCAUUUAGACCACUGCACACCUUAAGAAUGGUCUACAACCCGAUUUUAAAAGAAACAGCAUUUUGCAUAUUUUCUAAUGAUAUAAACAUAGAAUGAUAAUUAGAAGUUAAGGAUAACUAUUAGAUUAGUCAUUUCAAAAUUUUACAUUUCAAGCUUAUAGUUUACAAUGUCCAGUGACUAAAAAUCAUACUGAAUCGUAGGGUUGCCAUGAUGCUCAUUUCAAUCCUGUAUUGAAAACGAUUUUAUACCCAGCACAAAGAAUAAACAUUUUUGUUUAAGUAUUUGUAUAAUUCAGAUUUGUAGAAUGUCCCUGUUCAAAUCUUAUCAAUUGUUGUUAGGUUUUAUUCCUAAUACGGGUCAUAGACCAAUGUUGUAGUGCACAGUGGUCUUUCAUAGAGCAAGUGAAUUUCUGUAUAAUGGCCAGUGAGGAUGAUAUCAGAUCCUGUCAAAAUCUAUGUCUCCAUACUAGAAAUAGGUUUUCUUAAGGGUUCCAUGACAUUUGCUCCGGCGACAAUUGCUCCGCUAUAUAAAUUCCACACACUAAUCGAAUGACUGACUUCAAUCCUGGAUUAAACACUUAUACCCUACCCUAAACCAAACCCUAAACCCAUCAUAAAAACCUAUUGCAACCCUAACCCUACCCCUAUAUCUUAAAGGUAUUGUAUAACUUUGUGAGCAGCCGAUUUAAAAAAUUAUCAAACCAAGAUGAAACAUGUGUACAAGUGCAUGUAUUAGAACUAAUAAACCCUGAAAACAACCAUUAUUGAGAAUGAAAAGCUAAAACUACAAGGCAAACCCCGAUUUUGUAAAUAGGCGUCUUAUAGACGCCUAAAUAGUACACAUAAGUGUAUGGGAUGAAAUUAAGAUUGUGUUUUCAGUCACUUUAUAUUUCAAUUUUUGAAGCACUAAAUACUUAUUUUUUAAUGCAAUUUUUUCUGGGCUUCAUUUUUGUAACAUAUCACAGACACAGGUGACAAGUGUGACCUUCUAGCUCAGAUUUUUUUAAAGUCAAACCAAUGUUAACCAAUCACUUUAAGCCCCUUUCACAAUUGGUGGUGUGCAACAUAUAUAUUGUGACCAAAUGAUUGCGAACGAUCGCAAGAGUGAUUGAAAGCUCCUUACGAUGAAAUAAAGCUUGUAGCAAUUGUCGCAGGAGCAAACGUUGUGUCACUUUCUUGGGGCCUUCCAUCAUAUUGACAUCAGGGGGGAGUUUCAUAAAGCUGUCUAUAAGUAACGCACAACUUCACGCAUAAAUGGAAAAUGUUCUUGGGUGCUAUAUCAGAUUCUCAAUCAUCAGUAUUCAUAUCAGCUAAAGACUAAAAAUUGUCUUAUAGAUUGAAUCUGUUUGAUAACAUGCACCUGAAUGCAGAUUAUCUGAUAAUACUAGUUCAAAAUGAAGUUGUACUAUGUCAAACACGAGGGAUGAUUUGAGGCCCAUCUUAUUUAUCACAAGAACAUGUUCCGCCUGUGUGUAAAGUCAUGCAUAACUUAUGAAUAGCUGUAGGAUACAGCACCUUGGCUAUAUAACAUGAAAAGGUAUAAUCAAUUAUGUCCAAUGUAUUGUAACUUUUUGUACAUGGUUAACCAUUGACCUACCUAUUUUGUAAUAACAGUAAAAUAUUGGUAAAACAGUGGCAUAUACCGGUAUAUGAAAUGGACAUAUACCUACUUGAGUAUCAUAUUAUUAUUGGUCAGUAUUCAUUUAAUUAGACCAAUUUACAUGUAUAUACAAUUAAUAUGUAUAUGGUGCUUAUUUUUCUAUUCCAUAUCUUUCUAAUGCAAUGAUGAAUUUCAGUUUAAAGAAGAGGCGAGAUGUCAUGUCUUUCAUUAUUCUUCCAUUUGAUGUUGAUAUGUAAUUUCUAUCAUGUAGGCGACAGUAUGAAGAUCCAUUCACACACAGCCAGUGGUAAACAAUCCAGGGGGCUGUUUCAUAAAGCUCUUCUCAAGUUAAGAGUGACUUUAACCCUAAGAAGACUGGGGGGGGGGCUGAUUCAGCCCCCCCCCUCGACAUUUUUCGCGUUUAAUCCGCCGCUCGAAAUUUUUUGACCGCAUCGCUCACAGACUUUUUACUUUCAAGUCUCGCGCAACUUUUGAGACCAAAAUUGUGACCCCUGGGUACACGGUUCCGAAAUUACGCAAUAUUUCGUAAGUGCAUACAGACCCAGAAUUACUCAAAAUCAUGAAUUUGUGUACAAAUCCAAUGCAAAUAGUGUUUUUAGCCAAAAUAUAAAAAUGUAUCAUUAUUUUUCCUUUUACUGCUUAAAAUAAAUUAAUUUUAUGUUGUUAAUGGUCAAAAUAAAGUCCCUGACAAUUUCCAUUG